CACAGUGUUGCAUAUAUGUUGAUAUCUGUGAUAUCUGUCAUUGUAUUUAAGGUUAGCUGUCUCAUCGCGAAAUUCAAUAUCCUUGCAUUUCCGUAAAUAAAAACAGCGAGAAAAUGACAUCCUGUUUCGAAAGCAUGCAAGUUCCGACCUGCGUUUGGUUCGAGGGCGGCGAAAAAAGAAACGCGCUUGUUUCUAUGCUUGCAGGAACACUGUUUUUUGUAGGAUGGUGGUUUAUAAUAGACGCGCAUGCAAAAUAUCCAGAUGAAAUGGCAAAUGCGUAUCACGUAUGUGGAGUGUUUGGUACUCUAUCACUUUUUAUGGUCAACUCAGUGACAAAUGCGCAAAUAAGAGGAGAAGCUUACAAUGGUGGUUGUUUAGGAGCAAGAGGUGCAAGGAGUUGGCUAUUUAUCGGAUUUGUUAUGGGAUUUGCAGCAGUAAUAGCAGCCUGUUGGAUUUUAUUUGCCAAUUUUGUAGCUGCAGGUGCACCACAUCAUUGGCCAGGUGUAGGAUUAUUCUUGCAAAAUGUCUUUAUUUUCUUGGGCUCGCUCACGUAUAAAUUUGGUCGAUCUGAGGAUCAAUGGGGUUAAUAGAGAUGUGCUGUUGAAAAUAUUUUUAUUACUAUAAGGAUAAAUUAAGCACACUAUGCAAAAUUUGAUUGAAAAAAUGAAAUUAAUACCCUAUAUUGCUUCAAACUUGAAAUCCAAUUCAACUACAGC